AUGGAGAUACAGUUCACCAUCCCCAUAUCGGGCAACAGAAGAAGUCAGACGGGGAAGCGCCAUGUCAAGUGCGACGAGACGAGGCCCGCGUGCCUCAACUGCCUCAAAUGGCGAGGCUACUGCGACUCGUACAGUGACCAAGGUGGCGCGCCAGACUCUCGCGCAGGCUCGACCGCCCCGUCCACGAGCAGCAAGCUGUCGGUGGCAAGGAAGGGCCCGACACUCCUGACGGAACCCUUGGUGAAUGUGAUUCGAUUCACGACGAGCGACGAACGCGCGUAUUUUGACGAAUGGUCUGCGCUCUCGGUCACCUUUCUGAGCGGAGGACUCGCGCAGACACGACUAUGGACCGCGACGAUGCCGCAGUUGACGCUGGAGGAGACGACACUCCGAUACGGCGCCAUGGCUGUUGGGGCAUUGCGCAAGGCCUACGAGACCGAAGACCCUUCCACGACACUGACGAACAGCAACAAACACUAUCUCAACGCCGUCAUCUACUAUUGCGAGGCCCUCCGAUUGCAGUCCAAGGCACAGCCGACCAAGGAGGGCCUGAGAACGGCCCUCCUCUCGUCUUUGCUGUUCAUCUGCUUCGAAGCCCAGCGCGGCAACAUGGCGGCCGCACUCAAACACGUCACGCAUGGCUUCAGUAUGCUCAAUGAGCUGGCCGCGUGCACCGACAAGGCGCCCGGUCUCGUCAGCAUAGCCCCCGCUCCACCCGCCCUGGUGCAAGAGAUACUCGACUGCUACAAGCCACUCGAGCUGCAGUCCAGGUCGUUCAUGGGGUCGUACAAGAAGUUCUUCUUUCCCCCUCAGCCAACGGCGCAGAGGCUGGGCGUUGGCGCGGCGGCGCCAACGACGGCGCUGCCGGGCCCAAGUACCGGCCGUCCUGUGCAGACGCCCCCCAGCCAGCCGGGGACGCCCUGGCGCACGGGCUCCAUAGCUCCUGCAUACGCGCAGACCGGUCUCCCGAGCCCCCAGAGCCAGCCGAGCCCGGGCAGCCCGGCCUCUCCCGGCCUGGGCCAGCGCUCGCCCGCCGGUCUGCCGAGUCGGCCCCCUGGCAUCCUCCCGUUCACAAAGUACUCGCCCUACUUUCGGCCAAAGCUCACCAGCAUCACUUGCCUGGAAGAGAUGCCCGCGCAGUUCCAAGACAUGGAUGAGGUGCAGGGGUACUGGGGACUCGUACAGAGGAACAUGGUGCAGCACAUUCCGAUGCUCACCAUGAUGACGUCUCGGCUUGCCCUGACAAAGGUUGUCAACGAAGCGGACCUGGAGGUGAGACUGGCGAGCCUGAAGCAGAAUACGCAAAUCACCGACUUCGUUGCCGAGUCGCGGUACUGGCUGCAACGAUGGGUCGAGGCCUUUGCGCCGCUCUUCCAGAGUUCGUGUCGGAACUCGGUCAGCGAUCCGAAGGGAUAUCUGCAGGCCAUCAGCAUCCGCAUCGAGUAUCUCAUCCUAUACAUCUACACGACGCUGCCCCGCUUCUCGGGUCUCAUCACCGCCAAGGGGCUCACGCCACAAUACAGAGAGAUCAAUCGAUAUGCCGAGACGCUCCUCAUGGCCAGACCAAGCUGCGGGUUCGCCAUGGACUCUGGGUGGACGUGGCCCUUGUUCGUGUCGGCCUUUGGCUGCAGGGACCCAGCGGUCAGAGCAGACGCGAUCCGCAUCCUAGGACAGUACCCAAUUCGGAACGCGCUGCGCGACAGCCGCGUUUUCCGAGCCAUUGCGCUGAAGAACAACGAGGUCGAGGCCGGCGUCUUGCUGGAGGGCGACGAGAACGAGCAGUGGCUGCGGCUACGGAGGAGAGAGCUUGUCUUUGAAGACUUUGGCACCAACAUUAUAUACCGAUCGUCUCAAAAGAACCCCGAGACGGGGGCGUGGGAGCUUGUCGAAGAGAACGCCGGCUUCAACGUCCGCCCAGACGGGAUGCUGGACUGGCACAGAGUCCCCAUUUCGGAGUCGGCGUCCAUCCUCGCAGGCGUCUGCUAA